AUGGGAACAGGAAUAACCUCGAUUUUGCUUCACAACCUCCCUUACAACACGACAUGGAUUUCGAAUGGCGUCGCAGUCGCGUUUUUCAUUCUUAACAUUUCUCUCUUCGCCGUCUUUACCGCAAUCACAGUUUUGCGCUAUGCGCUGUAUCCUGAAAUAUGGAGGGCUAUGGUCACUCAUCCUGCUCAGUCUAUGUUCCUUGGCUGCUUUCCUAUGGGAUUUGCGACCAUCAUAAAUAUGAUGGUCUUUGUAUGCGCACCCAUCUGGGGUCAGUGGGUGGUUUCCUGGGCCUGGGGGCUUUGGUGGUUGGACGCCGCUCUGUCUUUGGCGACAUGCAUAACGGUGCCGUUCGUCAUGAUCCAUCAACACCGCCCGGGACUCCAAGCAGUAACAGCUGCUAGUCUACUGCCCAUCGUCCCGGUUGUGGUCGCAUCAUCGACUGGCGGUAUAGUUGCCGAGGCCCUUGUCAACCCAGGCCAUGCGUUCAUCACACUCAUCGCCUCCUACAUCCUCUGGGGCAUCGGUAUCUGCUUUUCAGGCAUGGUGCUAGCGCUUUACUUCCACCGCCUAACCAUACAUAGUCUUCCACCCAAGGAAGCCAUCGUCUCCGUCUUCUUGCCCAUCGGGCCCCUGGGUCAAGGUGGUUUCGGCAUACAGCAGCUAGGAAAGGUGUCUCUCAAGCUCCUCCCACAGACCACGGUCUUUAAAACGGCUGCUCCAGGAGCCACACACGGCGGAGAGAUUCUCUACUUCUUGGGAAUCUUCCUGGCAUUAAUCAUGUGGGGCUUCGCCCUGGUAUGGCUGUCUUUUGCGCUCAUCAGCAUCGGGACGAUGCAGAAGUUUCCGUUCAACAUGGGAUGGUGGGGGUUCACCUUCCCUCUUGGCGUUUUGGCGACUUGCACAGGCAUGCUCGCUCAGGAGUUGGAUAGUGCGUUUUUCCGGGUCAUGACCAUGGUUCGUCUCUCUCUCUCUCUGUCGCCUCUUGUCAGACCCGUUCUAUAA